UCUCUCAUUGCUUCCCAUCGUUGUCAGUUGGUGCUGGAAGGGCGGACAGUGCAGCUAAAAAAAAUUUUGUGAUUAAGAGCAGGAGAAGAUGGAGAUUGAGUUUUACUGUGAUUCCUAUGGAAAUUCCCUCGAGAGCUCCCUGGAGGACUUGAGAGUGGAGGACUUUAAUGGAUAUCUGACCCUGUCCUAUGAGCAGCUCACGUGCAUGAAUGCUGACUAUGCGAGAUAUCUCGGCCCCCGGACGCUUUCCCUUGAUCUUACGGGAAAUGAUUUAACAGAUCUCUCCUUUCUUGGCUACUUCACAAAGCUCCACACACUUGUUCUCGAUGGGAAUGGGUCCAUCUACUACCGUACUUUACCUCAACUCGCCAGUUUAUCGACAUUCUGGGCCAACAACUGCAACAUAACAAAUUACCCGGAAUUCAUUUCCGUCCUCGCAGAUCGCUUCCCGAAUCUCAAAUUUCUCUGUGUCCUCAACAAUCCUGGUGUCCCAUCGUACAUUUCUCGUUCGCGCUUCUACUCCAUCAUACUUUACAGGAAUUUCGUGAUAAAUCGCUUCCCGUGCAUUCAGCAUGUUGACGAUUGUUGGGUGACGGAGAAGAAGAGUUUCUUCCAAAUGGCCAUUUGCUAUCUCUACAGACGUCACAAAUCGAGCAAAUACCGCCUCAAUUCCAUCAGAGCCCUCUCCCAUAGGACUCUGCUGAAGAAGAAGGGCCCAGUGAAGAUUGUUAUCCCACGACUUUUCUAAAAAACUCAUAUUUCUGUACAAAUUAAUCCAAUAUUUAUAAGAAUUGAUGAAGAAAUACAACUCAAAUUUUUAUUAAAUUGAAAAA